CCCGCAUCCAGUGCAGCCCCACCUCAGGCUCACUUGGCUGGAGACAUCUGCUACUAGAAGAUGUUCUCUUGCUGCCUUCUCACCUCUGGGGGCUCUGGCUCCCAGGAACCCCAGGGGUGCGGCUUGUUCCAAUGCUGUAGGCAUUGGCUCCAGAAUAAAUACCAACGCAUCUGGGCCUUUAUCAGGAGGCGCCUUCCGAGCUGCACCCGGGUCGUGGGGUGCGAGCAGGAGGAAGGGGUCGUCUGCCCCACCGCCUCCAGGAGCAGGGAGGUGCCCUGCGCAGCUAACGGAGGCCAGCGCGGGCUCAGGGGUGCAGUGGCCUCUGCCUGGAUGGGGCAUCGGAUCGUCCCGGCCAAGCUCAGCCGGACGGACCUGCUGGAGCUCGAAGUCCGACAACUGCUGCCCGCCUUGCAGCGCAGGGAGAUCAUCUCCAUUUUCACCUUUUUGCAUGAUUACCGUGGAUUUGCCACCACAGACGAGGUGCUGGACCUGCUGUUCACCGAAUAUGGGUGCAUCGUAGCUGCAUGUGGUGAUAACGACGCGGACCUGCAGCGCUGGAAACUGGCCAUCUGCUACAUGUUGAAAAUAUGGCUGGAUUACUACCGGGAGGACUUUUGUCAGCUCCCAGAAUUUCCCUCCCUGAGGAAGCUUCUGGAAUUCCUAAGACAGCACAUGCCAGGCUCAGACGUGGAAGUCCGGGCCCUGCGUCACCUGAGGCAGUUCAGAAGCCUCCAUGCAGCAGAGCCAGAGGCUGGGGCUUCGGCCGGAGCAAAACACCCUGAAUCCGCCCUGGAGGCCGCCCCAGCUCCGACCGCGGGGCCUGCUGCCCCGUCGGGGCCUGGGGGCAUCGAGGCCGUCCUGGCUGCCUGGGCUGAGGGCUCGGCCCGCGCUGCGGCGCCCGCUGGGGAGGCGGAGCCCCUGCAGGUAGUGGUCACUGCUGAAGUUCACCGCUCCGCCCUGGGGGAGCCCCCUGCACCCCUGGGAGCCCUGGGGGAGGAGCAGGCGCCAGCCCCUGCUCUGGAGGUCGUGGAUGUGCCCGAGCCGCCUCCUAACUCGAUGGAGCAACCGGCCUCGGGGCCGGAGCCACCCGUUGAGCCACCCCAGGAGCCCGCCCCAGCUCUGGCUGUGUGGCCUGCUGCUUCAGGGCCUGAGCUAAUCGAGCUGGACCUGGGUGCCGGAGAGGAGGACCUGGUCAAGGCCGAGAUGCUGGCUCCUGAGGCGAAGGUGGUGCACGUGCUGGUCGAACCUAUGAUUCCCCGCCCCGAUGAGGAGGAGCCCCCUGCACCCGCGGCCACCCCGGAGGAGUAGGCCCCGGCGCCUGCAUUCGGGGUCCCCAGAGGGCCAGAGCUGCCACCUGACUCCGGAACAACUGGCUUCGACCCCUGCGCAGCCCCCUGACCACCUCGGGAGCCCGCCCCAGCUCCCACCGCGGGGCUGGUGAUGGCUGCAGCCCAGUGGAGACUUGCCCUCCCCUGUCAUUUUACUGUUUCUAUAUUUUGAGUUUUUCUUUAACCUGUAUAAUGGCUUAUAGAGUUUUAUUGUAAUAAAGGAUAAGUUAGC